UGCAAAUUCGAACUCAGAAUUAAUGUCGUAAUCUUAAAUAGGUAGUAAUCAAAACAAGCACUUGUAUUUGAAGAUUUGCUAUCAUCUUAAGCAAUAAUAAAAUCUGCUGCAUCAUUUUACAUAAUAUACUAAAUGAUUUCAAGAUUUUUCGGUUCCUUGCCGAACAAUAUUUCACAGAAAGUUACAGCUGCAUAUUUCACACUUACCUAAUUCUUGGAAAACCAACGGAAUCAGAGGUUCACACAGCACAAAACAAUCAAUCAACAUGGCUGAUAUGAGUGUUAAAAUCCUUCCGGCUUUAGCAGAUAAUUACAUGUAUUUGAUAAUUUGCAACAAAACAAAAGAAGCUGCAAUUGUGGAUCCUGUGAAUCCUGAGUCAGUUUUAGAAGCUGUUCAAAAUGAAAAUGUAAAGUUGAAAUCUGUGCUUACAACACAUCAUCAUUGGGAUCAUGCUGGGGGUAAUGAGAAGCUCGUUACCUUGUUCAAGGAUAAACUCAUUGUUUACGGUGGCGAUGAAAGGAUUGGUGCUAUGACUAAUAAAAUUGGACAAGACGACACAUUUAAGAUUGGAAAUCUUGACGUUCAAUGUCAUUUUACUCCAUGUCAUACAACGGGUCAUAUUUGUUAUUUUGUACAAACACCGGCGCGCGACUCAAAGGCUGUUUUUACCGGUGAUACACUUUUCCUCGGUGGUUGUGGACGUUUCUUUGAAGGAACUGCUGAACAAAUGUACUCAGCUUUGAUUGAGAAGCUUUCAAAUCUUCCUGAUGAAACGAAAGUCUUUUGUGGUCAUGAAUACUCUUUACAGAAUUUGAAAUUCGCUAACCAUGUUGAGCCACAAAAUGUCACAAUUCAAAAUAAGAUUGAAUGGUCAAAAGCGAAGAGAGCGAAUAAUGAACCAACAGUUCCAUCAACUAUCGGUGAAGAAAAAGAAAUUAAUCCUUUUAUGAGAGUUUGUGUUGAUUCUGUUCAGCAAUACGCAAAAUCUCAUGGAAAUCCUAUCGAGGCAAUGAGAGCCAUCAGAAAAGUUAAAGAUUCAUUUAAAUGAUUUCAAUUAUUUCUGAGAUGCUUAUCAACAAUGGAAAAUUAUGAUUUGUAUUUUAUUAUCAAAAUUUAUAAAAAAAAUAAAAGCUUUAGGUGCUGGUGAAAUAAUCGACUUUUUUUUAUUAAUUAAAUC